AUUCGACUUCCCUCGGCUGUGAACAAGAGUCGAGGUGACAUGUUGAUGUUGAAAUUGGGUAAUGGCGUUUCAAUCGCCACUUUUAUGCAGUUCGUCCUUCGUCAACAAAGUCUGAAGCUCUAUCGGGAAAUCCUCCGAUCCUUGAAACAGCUGGAUAACAAGGACCAGGCCAGAGAAAUCAAACAGUGGGCUCGACAAGAUUUCGAGUGCUACAGGAAUUUACAGGAUCCGGAGGUAAUAAAAAUGCACCAGGCCCGAGGAAAGCUCGCCCUGAAAGAACUGCGGGCAUCUCUCGAGCUGGCGAAAUAAGGGCCAGGCCGCAUGUCUUCGAGACGCAUAGGCGACGCCCAUCUCCGCCCACAGACAAUUCUGUCUCCUCCAUGACCUGACUAGUGAUAUCGACAGUUCUCAAUCGAACAUCUGCUGAACAACAACGGACUGAACCACCAUCUGCAUACGCCUUCAACUGACAGCUUCGACGAGCAAGCUGGGAAACAGCUCAUCAGCCCACCUAUACAUUCAUCCAUCCAUCUUUAACCCAAACUUUAAUAUCCUCG